AACAGCAGAUUGGACACAAAAUUGAUCCGGGAUUGAUCCUGUUUGUGUCGACCUGAAACGCAUCUCGUUGUGUGUUCGAUUCUCUUAUUGGAUUCUCAAGGUGUCACUCAAGUUUCAGUGGCGUUAUUUGCAUAGGGGGAGACUAUAAAUGUGGGAUGCUUUAGGAAACGCCUUCCCAGGCGCACUCUGCUGAUGCUGUUGGGACCACAACCUGAAGCGGCCACGUUUCCUGUGCGAGAAGAAAACAAGCAGAGAAGAUGUCUUAUAGAUCAGCUCCUCAUUCCUCUUACAAAAAGAUGUUUGGUGGGGAGAAAUCCGCGGUGAGGUCCAGCUACACCAGCCGCCACUACAGCACCCCGGUGCGCUCCACCCGGGUGUCCUACGGCGUCUCCUCCGCUCCGACCAUUUACGCAUCCAAGACCUCCAGGCUCCGGAGCAGCUCGGCCAUGCCCCGACUGGCCUCCGAGAACUUGGACUUCUCCCUGUCCGACGCCAUCAACACUGAGUUCAUAACGAACCGCACCAAUGAGAAAGCCCAGAUGCAGUCCCUCAAUGACCGCUUCGCCAGUUACAUAGAGAAGGUGCGCUUCUUGGAGCAGCAGAACAAGAUCCUGCUGGCGGAGCUGGAGCAGCUGAGGGGCAAAGGCACAUCCAGGGUGGGAGAUCUGUACGAGGAUGAGAUGAGGGAGCUGAGGCGCCAGGUGGACCAGCUCACCAACGAAAAGGCCCGGGUAGAAGUGCACCGGGAUAACCUGGCAGACGACAUCGACAGGCUGAGAGAGAAGCUGCAGGAUGAGAUUUCCCAGAGAGAAGAUGCUGAGUCCAAUAUGCAGAGCUUCAGACAGGAUGUGGAUAAUGCUGCCCUCGCCAGACUUGACCUGGAGCGGAAGGUAGAGUCCCUCCAGGAUGAAAUCAACUUCCUCAAGAAGCUGCAUGAUGAGGAGAUGCUGGAGCUGCAGAACCAGAUCCAGCAGCAGCAGCAUGUGCAGGUGGACAUGGAAAUGGCUAAACCGGAUCUGACAGCUGCUCUGCGGGAUGUCCGUCUGCAGUAUGAGAAUCUGGCCUCCAAAAACAUCCACGAAUCUGAAGAAUGGUACAAAUCUAAGUUUGCUGACCUCACUGAAGCUGCUGCCCGGAAUAAUGAUGCUUUGAGAGUGGCCAAGCAGGAAGCCAAUGACUACAGACGCCAAGUUCAGGCACUUACCUGUGAAGUGGAUGCCCUCAAAGGAACUAAUGAAUCCUUGGAGCGUCAGAUGAGAGAGAUGGAGGAUAACUUUUCUAUGGAGAAUGGCGGUUACCAGGACACCAUCGGCCGUCUGGAGGAGGACAUUCACAACAUGAAGGACGAGAUGGCCCGUCACCUCCGGGAGUACCAGGACCUCUUAAACGUGAAGAUGGCCUUGGACAUUGAGAUUGCCACCUACAGGAAGCUGCUGGAAGGAGAAGAGAGCAGAAUUUCUUCCCCACUGCCAAACUUCUCAUCUCUAAACCUGAGAGAAACAAUGGUCGACUCCAAACCUCAUGUUGAAACCACAACAACCAAGAAGGUUCUCAUCAAAACCAUUGAGACCAGGGACGGUCAGGUGAUCAACGAGUCAACCCAGAACCAUGAUGACAUGGAGUAAUAAUAUUUCUAUCUUUGCCAAACAACCAACGAAAGCAAUAUGAAGAAACACAUUUCACCUACAAGCAAAGAAUCAAAUCAGCGACACACAAAAAGCAAACAGCUUCUAAAAGUGCCUUUAUAUGUGAUGAUCUAGUGAGCCUGUUAGUCGACACAGACUGUACUUUGCUUCCUCCUCUGCAGACAGAAUUGCCUUUUGUCACAUGUUUAGACUUAAUAAUGGCAUCAGCACAACGUAGAAACGCUUAUGAGGUCUACAAAAUUCUUUCUUUGUAACCAAACUAGUAUUUUUGAUCAACUCGGCAUGCACACUUCUAAGAAAUCUGUAUGCGAAAUGAUGUCACAAUUGCCUGUAUGCAGCAAUAAAACCAGACGAAUGUAACU